AUGUUGAAACCAACACAAGGAGUACCUGCAUCUCAACUCUAUAAAAAACUAAAAAAAGUAGGUCGAGGUGCUUAUGGUUCAGUGUAUAAAGGGAUACAUACACAAACACACCAAAUCGUGGCUAUUAAAGUGCUUAAUCUGGAUACAGAGGAAGAUGAUGUCGAUGACAUUCAACGUGAAAUCGGACUCUUGUCUCAACUAGCCCAUGCUCGCUCGCAAAAUAUUACGCCUUAUUAUGGUAGUUUUCUGAAUGACACUAAACUAUGGAUCAUUAUGGAUUAUGCAGCAGGUGGUAGUGUUCGUACCAUCAUGAAAGCAGGUCCUAUUGAGGAACGAUUUAUUGCUGUUAUCACUCGAGAAGUUUUAUUGGCCUUAUCUUAUUUACAUAAAAACCAUAUUAUUCAUCGAGAUAUUAAAGCUGCCAAUAUUCUAUUAACGGCAGAAGGGAAUGUGCAAUUGUGUGACUUUGGUGUGGCAGCAGCCAAUUCAUUAAGGCGAUGCACUUUUGUGGGUACACCUUAUUGGAUGGCACCUGAAGUGAUUCGAGAAGGUGCUUCUUAUGACUACAAAGCGGAUAUUUGGUCUUUAGGUAUUACAGUCUAUGAAAUGGCAACAGGGAAUCCACCUUUAGCCAAUGUUGAACCUAUGCGAGCUAUUUCAAUGAUACCCAAAUCAACACCACCUCGUUUACCAGAUACUUUUUCGCCUGCAAUGAGGGAAUUUGUAGAUGCUUGUUUGUCUGAACAUCCGAAUGAGCGACUAAAUGCAGAUGAGCUAUUGAAAUCCAAAUUCAUCAAGAGUGUGAUUAAAGUACCAAGAUCUGCUUUAAGGGAGUUGAUCACUCAGUAUGAGAAAUGGAAACAGACCAAUGAAGCAUCCAAACGAUGUAGUAUUAUAUCCAAUGAUAUCAGUGACAGGUAA